AUGACUACAGUAUGCCAGCCCAUCGCGACAGCGACGGUGACGGACGUCGCCCUAAGCGGGACCAUGAUCACAACGUUCACCGAGACGGUGACGACCGUGCCUGGGUCGACUACAACGUCGGUCUUCAGUACCUGCAUCGCAGCGACUGGAGUUUCGUCGUCGUGUAUCCCGACGUUCACGACAUUGACCUUUGUCGACGAUGGCUUUUCUUUCACCACAACGAUCCCAAUCACCAUUGCCGUCGAUUCAGCCGUGACCAUCACCAACACCCUCUACGGUUCGACGUGCUCAGUUGUCGCCACCCCCGUUCCGCCUGUCGUGUCGCCGGUCAUCACCCCAGGCAUUACCCCGCGGCCCAGCGGCCCAACGAGCAUGCCGUCGCUCACUAACUAUCCAUCGAGCACCGGAAGCUCGCUGCCUGCCCAAAGCACUGGCGAGGCGGGCGAGAAGUCCUUCCCGUUAGGCGCGAUAAUAGGAGCGGCGGUUGGUGGGUUCGCAUUGCUCGCCGGAGCUGGUUUUGUUGCGUAUAAAUACUUCACCAAGGGCAAGGCAGGAAAACCGUCUAAGCCUGGAAAAUACGGUAAGGAAGACACCUACGUCGACUACAAGCCCACUGGCAAACCGCCCCCUUCUUCACCGCCUUCUGCGCCUGCGCCUCCUUCUGUCCCAACGGACCUCGUUCAGUCCGCGCUUCAGGGCCAAUACCCCGGCGGCGGCGAGCAGUACGGAUAUCAGCCACAAGGAUGCGAGCCCCAACAAUACCCUCAAGGCUGUGAACCGCAACAGUACCCCACCCAACCUCAGGGAUGCGAGCCUCAGCAAUACCCCACCCAGCCUACGGGUACGGAAGGUCAAGCUCAGCAGCAGAACCCGUUCGGGGACUACCAAUAUGAGCCGGAUAGGCUACCGCAGAAGCUGCAGGACAAGUUGAACGAGAAGAUCGACCAGGCGCUGAAUGGGCCGCCGAGGCCGAACUCUGGUGGAGGGGGGCCGCCGCCGGGCUAUGGUCAACCUCAGCAGGGAUACUACAGACAGGGUCAAGGACAUAGUCCGACCCCGAGCCACGCGCACUCUCAAUCGCACUCCCAUCCGUACGCGCCGAACCCAUCGUACUCGCCUCCUCCCAGUGUCCAACCUCAAUACCAGCCACAAUCUCAGCCGCCGUACGGCACCCCGACCACGAACUUGGGAUACCCGCAACAGCAGCAGUCACCCUCGCGUCCUACGAGCGCGGUGUAUGGACAGCCAGUGCCGACGCCUGGGUUCCCCGUUCCACAAGGCGGUCCUCCUACUCCGCAAGGACAGUAA